ACCAGCGCUUCUGCUGUACAUUUGAUGUUGGAACGUUGUGAGGUUUGCGUACAGGUGGUGGCUCGCGCGGCUGAGAACGCGAGCGAAGUCUCGCGCAGUGCAGUUACCGUCAUUUUAUCGCCACGAAUUAAUCACUAUAAUUAUACAGAGAUGAGCCAGAGCACGGAAGAGGAGACCGAAACCAGCAACGGGCGCUGGAGAGAGGGUACCGCGGCCACCCUCCACGGCCUGUUCAUCAAGACCGACGCGGCAGACUCCAUCCCUUCUGUCAUCGCCUACCAAAGCAGACACGUACGGACAAAUUCGCAUCGGGAGCGCCGGGAAAACAGCGGGGGACACAUCUGCAUCGAGGCCGAGACGCAGACGAGCCACACCAGUGUCAAGGUUUCUGCCACAGAGGAAUGCAUAGGGCCUAUGCGAUUGAACCAAGAACCUAUUCAGGUCCUGCUGGUUUUCACGAAGGAGGACAGCCAGAGUGAUGCCUUCUGGUGGGCGUGCGACCGUGCCGGGUUCAAGUGCAACAUUGCCCGCACCCCCGAAUCUGCUGUCCAAUGUUUUCUGGACAAGCAGCAUGAGAUCAUCAUUAUCGACGCAAGGCGAUCACAUCACUUGGAGGCGGAAGCGGUUUGCAGGUCAAUACGUGCUACCAGGCCCUCAGAACACACUGUCAUUCUAGCUGUUGUGCCACAAAUACCCCAGGAUCAGGAGGAGCCUUCAGUCCUUCCUCUGCUCAAUGCAGGAUUCAGCAGAAGGUUUCUCGAGAGCAGCAGUGUCUCGGCCUGCUACAACGAGCUUAUCCAGAUGGAGCGUGGAGAGGUGCGCUCACGGUUCAAGCUGAGGGCAUGUAACUCACUCUUCACUGCUCUGGAAAACUGUCAGGAAGCAGUGGAGAUCACCAGUGAAGACCACGUAAUACAGUAUGUAAACCCAGCGUUCGAGCGGAUGAUGGGAUACCAGCAAGGGGAGCUGAUCGGGAAAGAGCUCACAGAGCUGCCAAAAAGUGACAAGAACCGCAUUGACCUGCUGGACACCAUCAACACCUGCAUCAAGAAAGGAAAGGAAUGGCAGGGUAUUUACUACGCCAGGAGGAAAUCUGGAGACAAUAUACAACAGCAUGUUAAAAUCACUCCUGUUAUUGGACAGGGAGGAAAAAUCCGACAUAUUGUUUCAAUCAACAGACCUCAUAUUGACAACAACAAACAGGUGAGGCCAUAUAUAAUUCAGGUACAUAAGUUAAAUCGAGAUGAAAAACACAGUGGUGAUAAUUCUCAAUCAGAAUCCCAUUCAUCACGUCACAAGGACCGUAGGAAAGAGUCUGUUGACGUCAGAUCCAUCAGCUCACGGAGUAGCGACGCCCCGAGUUUGCAGAACCGCAGAUACUCAUCCAUGGCCAGAAUUCAUUCCAUGACUAUUGAGGCUCCAAUCACAAAGGUGAUCAACAUCAUCAACGCAGCCCAGGAGAACAGCCCCGUGACUGUUGCCGAGGCCCUGGACCGGGUUCUAGAGAUACUCAGGACCACUGAGCUUUAUUCACCACAGCUGGCCUCCAAAGAGGAUGACCCCCACACCAACGACCUAGUGGGGGGUCUUAUGAGUGAUGGUUUGCGAAGAUUGUCUGGGAAUGACUAUGUAUUUUCAAAAAACAUAAGCCAGAGUCAGCUGGGCAUGCCCGUCACCCUUAGUGACAUACCCCCGUCCAUUGCCAAAAUACUCCAUGACGAGGAUCGUUGGGAGUUCAACAUCUUGGAGCUGGAGGCUGCAACACACAAGAGACCAUUAACCUACCUCGGUUUGAAAAUCUUUGCUCGUUUCGGGGUGUGCGAGUUUCUGAGCUGCACAGAGGCAACACUGCGGUCCUGGCUGCAGGUCAUUGAGGCCAACUACCACGCUUCCAACUCUUACCACAACUCCACUCACGCAGCUGAUGUGCUGCACGCUACGGCCUACUUCCUGCGCAAGGACAGGGUCAAGGGCAGUCUAGACCAGCUAGACGUGGUAGCGGCUCUGAUCGCUGCCGCGGUCCACGAUGUGGACCACCCAGGCCGCACCAACUCCUUCCUGUGUAACGCAGGCAGCGAGCUGGCCAUCCUGUACAACGACACGGCCGUGCUGGAGAGCCAUCACGCAGCCCUGGCCUUCCAACUAACUCUGUCUGACAACAAGUGCAACAUCUUCAAGAACACUGAGAGGACGCAAUUCCGGACGCUGCGACAGGCCGCCAUCGACAUGGUGCUGGCUACAGAGAUGACGCGUCAUUUCGAACACGUCAACAAGUUCGUCAACAGCAUCAACAAGCCCAUGGCAGCAAUCGAGGAAUCCAGCAGUAAUAGCGAGGGCAGCGACUUCGAGUGUCCGGCCAGCAUCCGGAACUCCCCAGAGAACCGGCUGUUGAUUAAGCGUAUGAUGAUCAAGUGUGCCGACGUGGCCAAUCCAUGCCGCCCCCUGGAGCUGUGCAUCGAGUGGGCUGGCCGAAUCUCUGAGGAGUACUUUGCCCAGACAGACGAAGAGAAGAGACAGGGGCUCCCCGUGGUGAUGCCCAUCUUUGAUCGGAACACCUGCAGCGUCCCCAAGUCACAAAUCUCCUUCAUCGACUACUUCAUCACCGACAUGUUUGAUGCUUGGGAUGCAUUUGCCAACCUGCCUGGCCUGAUGGAGCACCUGUCGGAGAACUACAAAUAUUGGAGAAGCCUGGACGAAAUGAAAUGCAAGAGUCUCAGGCCCCCCACACCCUCCUGAAGGCUCCUGGAAGACCGACACCUACGUCUGGAGAGGGGUAACCUUGAAUGUAGCCAUCGCUCCUAUUAGCCUCCCCACUGUGACGUCAUCACAAUCCAUGAUGACAUCAAUGACUGAAGCAGACUGCCAGACACAAGGCGUCCUGCUGUAGACUGCAGAUGAGACGCAGAGGCAGGAUGGAGGUGAACGCCCUGUCACACGAUUUCACUUGACAAUCUUUCCCGAUUUGAAAGGUCAAUAUGCUUCAGUUGCACUUUAUUAGAGGAUUUUUUCCUUACAUUUUCUGUCCUUUGUUGUGUUACGUAGCUGCAAAUUGGUAGCAUUGGUGGUGUCGUCGUUAAACUGCUUAAAAAAUAUUUGCUAACAACUUCUCCCAUGAGUGAAUGUUGUCACUGCAAUUGUUUUUGUUUUUUGUUUUUUACCGGAGUGAUUCAUCUGGUAAGAUGUGUAGCAAGACUAAAAAAAAAAAGAAAAAGAAAAAAAAAACCCUACUUUCUGAACCACAGUUCACUCUCUUCGGACAGCUAGUUUAUUUACAGUAAAUCAUUUGUAUUGACACUGACAAGCCAUUUAUAGAGAGAAUGAUUGCGCACUGUGGUUAAAGCCAGAAUCGGAGCACCAGGAGCUCCUUGGAUUAGCAGGCUGCUGUAGCUGAGAACUCUGAUCUUAAAUUACUGUUAUAUAUUUCACCACAAGAAAGCCACUCUGUAUAAACAACCAACGGGACUAUUUGUGGGUGGCCAAAAUAUCUGAAGCCAGCACUUAUGAACCAACCAAUCCAUGCUAGAUUUACAUAGGUCUUUGUAACACACAAAUCCCUGUUUGCUUUGAAAGAGGUACCGCUUGUUUGUGGUCAUGCGCACGACACAGAACUGUAAAACUAUACCAAAGUUUAUAACAGGCACCUUAUAGCUGUCUUACGGUUUAGGUCACUCACACACACACAAACACGUACUCUCUCUCUCUCUCUCUCUAUAUAUAUAUAUAUAUAUAUAUAUAUAUAAUGUAGUGCCAGUCAAAAGUCUGGACACCUACAAAAGUCACCUACAAAGAAGUGUGACCAGGCCACAUGACCUAUAGAGAGUAGAAAUGGAAUUGGAGGAGUUAGACCUGAGAGUGAAGGGAAAGCAGCCAAUGAGUGCUCAGUAUAUAUGUGGACCUCCUUCAGGACAGCUGGAAAAGCAUCCCAGGAGGCCACCUCAUGGAACUGGCUUAGAGGAGGAAGUAGGGUCAGCUAGUCACUGGGUGUAAAUGUAAAUAUAAUAUAUAAACUGUAGAGAACAGUACAAUAAACUUUUCUAUUGGGAGGUGUGUCCAGACUUUGGAAUGGUACUGAGUGUGUGUAUCGUGUAUCACAUUGUGGGGAUCCCACAAUGUGAUAAAAACCUGCUAUUUUGCGUUGUGGGGAAACUCAAUUUUAUAAAAAUUUGUGACUGCAAUCAAAAAAAACUAAAAAAGCCAAGAGUCUUGUAUUUUUUUCAACAGCUAGUCCUCUCAAAUUAUACUGAAACGACAAAUGUACACUGAGUGUUUAUAGCAGGGGGAGUGAGAAGCAGCCAGGAGUAAUUACUGAAGGCACAUGAGGGCUUUUGUUGCAGAAAAGGGAACUUUACUGUACUAGAUGUAUGAGAUGUGCCACUGCUGCUUGGAACAGCUGUAAGGCACCAUGGGGAAAUACAAGUUAAAUUUACAUUAAGCAUUUUAUAAUUAACCUCAGCAUUUAGCUGAGUGUACAAAAUCUGUGCUAUAAAUGGAUAUAAAUUUAAUUGCUUUGCCUUUGGGAUAAAAAUCUAAAUUCUGUUUAUUCAACACAAUCUUCCCCUCAGUGUAUUAUUGUCUAAAACAAAUGUCCAAAACUGGCCAUUAUACUGGAAUACAUUUUUUUUUGUGAACAAAUUAGUUGUUUACAACUUUAAUGGAGAGUUCAGCCAAAUCGUGUUUACUGCUUUAAGUGCCACAUCUGGUCUGCCCAGAACCAUAGGGUUGGGUAACAUUCUUCGCUUUGCAGAGCAUCUGAAUGUAAAUUAAUUAGAAAUAAAAUCCUCAGCUCUGAAAAUGUGUUCUGAAUAAAGGUCCCUUCCCCUACCAACUGUUUUAUCCCGUGGUAAAGGCCAUAACAAACUCAGAGAUUUCCCAGAAGAACUGUUGUUCAGCUGUCUGUUUGGGUUCUUUUCAGCAAAAUUAUAAAUAUGCACUCUUAGGGCCCAGCUCACAAGGAAGCUCUGCUUGCCUUAUUGAUGCCAUAUUUCACAGAACUUUCCUGAAGGUUGUAUAGUAUCCCCAGGUCGAGUAUGAUGGAUGUUGUCAUGGCUCCGCUAUGAUGUGAACUUCACUAAGCAGAUUCUGUCUUUGGUGUAAAAUGGCACAUUGUCAUUUGCUAAAAUGUCCCUUUAACAAUUUUUUUUACUUGGACUGCUGUCUCUACCUAGUGGCACGAUUGUGGAACAACAGGCACUUUAGGCGUCAACGACAAGCCUUUUUCUACACAACAGGGUAAUGGAAAGAUAUCAAAUCUGAUGAUAUCAAAUAUACCUUUGUUGUCAUCCCAGUUAAUUGAAGAAGCAUGCCUGCGCAACAUAAUUAUUAUUAAUGCUAAUUCAAUGCUAGGCCAAAAUCUACCUUGAGGUUUGAAUGAUGAUACAUUUAAAUUUCACUGAUUAUUGAUAGCUAUGGUUUGUGACUUAACUGUAUUUAGUGUGUAUAGUACAAGGAAAGGACUUUAAUUGGUACAAACCCGCAUAGCCCUUGUGUCAUCUCUAACAUUUACUAAGGCAGUAUAGUUUUUUUUUUUUUUUUUACUAGUAUCUGUUUGUCUUCUGCUAGCACCCAGACCUGGCUGACUAAGUUGCGACCUUAUGAUUGCUGCUUGUGAUUAUCUGUCCACAGAUUUUUCAAAUAACUUUGUGAUCCAGCUUCAAAAUUAUGCAAAGAUGAAGUUUUAGUUUUUGUCUUGUUAUAUGCAGUUGUGCGUCUGUAAUCUUUUUUUAAGAAACUGUUAUGUGUUGUAUUUUGUAAUCUAUUUAUUUUGCUCAUUUAAAGGUUUUUUUCUUUUGUAAAUUUUUUUGACUUAUCUAAAUUUUCUGGGAUCAACUUUUAUCCUACCAAAACAAAAAAACUACCUUACCUGAUUUCCUCAUUUACUGUAAAAAUAUGUGGCGUGAUGUUUGUUCAUUAUAUUAACAAAAAGGCUAUUAAGCACAAACAGUGUUCAUUCAAGCUCAUGUUUUGGAACAAGCAUAUUACAUUUCUGUCUGAUUCACAAUGGAGCGACAAACACCUCAAAGACAGUAUUUGUUUUUGAAAGGGUUUUGAGCAGUUAGAAAUGUUUUUAUGUUUUUGUUUUCAGUGAUGUACAUCUUCAUUUGAUCAAUUAAGGAAUAUAUUUGGCAAGUGAAAAUAUAUUGACAUUCAGCAACAGUCUUACAACAAGUUCAACAAAAGCUAGUGACAUGAAGGCUGAAACUGUAUUUUACUGAUGACAGUCUUUUCCUUAAUUUCAUAAAGCUCACAGUGAUUGUAUAAUUACCUUUGCUAAAUAAUCCUCCCCCAUGAAAGCCAAAAAAAUCUACAAUAAUUAUUAGCACUGCAGUACAUAUGUACAGAAGAAUCAGUAAACCAUAUAUCUGUGUUUUUACCUGUAAAUGGGUCACUUUUUCCAUAAGUCUAAGAAGCUGGGGUUGAUUGAGAUGAAUCUUCCUCCGAUAGAUUGAUGUAGUAUAUGUACAGUAUGAAAUAGGAAACAGGCCAUCAUGAAUGAUCGAGGGUUGUUCUUGUGAUAAUGCAGCAGCAUAGCCACAGCCCACAGGGUGUUUGCUGUGCUGUGUAGCCUGUACUGAUGACUCAAGCUUGACAUGCUGCCUGACCGAAGGCACAGUGACUCCGAUUUGUUGCCUUAUUGUUCUUCUCUUGACAGGGUUUAUUAAAACAGUGAAAUAUACUGAUACAAGUAAGCCAUAAAGUAGUAGAGUCUUUGAAUUGACAAAUCACAGGUCAGUGUAUUCAGGUAUACAUUUUUCUUUGAUGUUGCCAUUUAGGCUAUAAGACAUUUCUGAUAUUUAAGAUUAAAAUAAAUGAGCAAUGAGAAUGUAUUCAGUAUUUUGUUGCCAAUGCAUAACAGGAGUUGAAAAAAAAUAUGCCCAAUGUGAAUAUAUUUUUACAUAAAGAAAAUUUCAAGAUUUAGACUCGUGGUAAAGGCAAGGGAGUGGGGUGCGGUAAACGCCUUAAUUUCACAUAAACGGCCUAAUUUGCCCAAAGGCUAUAAUCAAUAUAAUUUUAACAACGCUUACCCUGAAAAACUGCUAUAUACCACGUUUUCAAAUUAGAACCUAAAGAUGUCUUCAACUUUAAACAAGCUGUUAUAC